CUUGCUACAGUCCUUAGUCUCUUUCCCUUCUCCAUUUCCAGUGCUUUGUUCGUCAUGGUCGGUGGUUUAAGUUACUAGUUUUCUUCUCGCUGGACACUCCUCCACACUUUCCCAUCUCACCGCUGCGCCUGUCUCCGCCGCCACCACUGACUCAACUUGCCUGGCGUCUCGACGAAUCGUGAGACCCUUUCCGCACGAGGUGACUAUUCACAAUACAGACAUCCUCCCUGCAUACCUCUGCGCUGAGCGCGUUGUUCAGCCAUGGCGACUCCGGCAGCACAAAAGCGAUUGACCAAGGAGUUUGCCAUGAUAUCCAAGAACCCUCCCGAAUUCAUUACGGCAGCGCAUCCUUCCGAAUCCAACAUCCUCGAAUGGCAUGCGCUCAUCUCUGGCGCUCCAAAUACACCGUAUGCCGGCGGUCAAUAUUGGUGCACGCUCAUCUUCCCGCCAGAUUAUCCAUUUGCGCCGCCAGCUAUUCGAAUGCACACCCCAAGCGGACGAUUUCAGACGAACACCAGACUGUGCCUGAGCAUCAGUGACUACCACCCCAAAUCAUUCAACCCUGCUUGGUCGGUAUCGACGAUCUUGAUUGGCCUCAUGUCAUUCAUGAACAGCGAAGAGAUGACAGCCGGUAGUAUUGGGGGAAGCGAGGCCGAGCGGAAAUGGCACGCUACGAGGUCGAGGUGGUUCAACUCAACUGGAGGUGGUUCUAGUUCUAAGCCGGUGGCUGGUGUUCAACCUACAACGAAAGGCAUUGGAGGGAUCAAGGCUGGCGACGGUGGUCGCAAGUUCAAAGCCGAGUUCCCCGAGCAGGACAAGGAGAAUUGGGAAUGGAUGACAACACACCGCGUCGAUCCUGCCACAGGCAAAAUACUCCCGGAUCCGGAAGGCGAACCCAUAAAUUGCUCUCCCGAGACCAAAGCAAUACGACGCAUCCUUGGUGGCAGUGCUGCAGGAGUGGGGGCGGUGGUUCAAGGAGGGCAAGCAGCACGAAAUGCAGGACAGGGCUGGAUAUGGAGGAACAAAUUCUGGGUAGGCGCAGGCUUCUUUGUGGUCUAUGUGAUGCUAGCAAGAGUUCUUGGUCAAGGCGAUUGAGUAUCAUGAUUGGUCAUCGCGAAUUUGUUCCGAUGCUGGAUUCUGCGGGGAUGGAGGCGUUCUAGGCGCCUAUGAGAGACAUUACGCAUUGUGAAGAAUAUACUGUGUUGGGAGCGAUGGCGCCGGUUCAAUCGGAAUGCAGGAUCGGGGCGCAACCAUGGAUAGAAUGUCCCGCGAGCUGUCGGUCCGCUCGAACCACGGCGAACCACGGCUUUGGUACUGGAACCGAUGCGCUACAUAGAAUCUUUCGGGUACGAGCAUUAUGACAGCAGUCUCGAAUAUUUAUGAUCGGCAUUGCUUGGUUAGUCGACGACAUCGACCAGAUUCAGUAGGUAAAAAGAGAUCCGGACCAGAAGAUCGCAGCGUCACAUGCCGCUUAUUUCUUAUGUACU